AUGCCUUCAUCCCUCGACCUCGGCAUUCCAUCUUCGCAGUCGAUUGCGACUGUCAAAGCCAUCAAUGUCGGCGGGCCUUCGACGCUUCUUCCCGCAGCGUUCUUUCUUGAACCCGUUCGUCCGGGUUAUGAAACAAUGACAGCGCCUGUCUACGCUUUCUUUAUUGAACAUAGCGCUACGGGAAAACGUCUUAUGUUCGACUUGGGAAUGCGCAAGGACCAGGAGGGUUUCCCCCCCGCGAUUCAGCAGAUGCUGACGACGUGGAGAGAUCUUGGGUUUGGAAUAGUAGUUGAUAAGGAUGUUCCCGAGAAACUCCAGGAGGGCGGUGUCGACCCCGCCACUAUCAACGCAGUCAUUUGGAGCCAUAGCCAUCUCGAUCAUACUGGUGACAUGUCCAAGUUUCCGAGCACCACAGAACUUGUCAUUGGUCCCGGUAUGGAUACCCGUACUUUCCCCACCACUCCCGAGUCUCUCCUCCUCGAAAGUGACUUUGUAGGCCGCAAAGUAACGCAACUUUCCCUGGACAAUUUCGUGCUGACUAUUGGAGACUACGACGCCCUCGAUUACUUCUCCGAUGGUAGCCUCUACAUUCUCAAUUCUCCGGGGCACCAAUCCGGACACAUUACUGUCCUCGCCCGAGUCACUCCUACGACAUUCGUGUUAUUAGGCGGUGAUUCGUGCCAUCAUAUGGGUCAGAUCCGCCCCACAGCUGACCUCCACAAUCACUUCCCCUGCCCUGGGCGCAUCCUCGAGUCCCUCGAAGACCUCUCAGUUUCCUCGCGUACCACCCCUCUACUAUCCGUUCCGUCCGGACAAUCGGCCUAUGCUGAUCCGAAGAUUGCUACCGAAACAAUCACCAAGCUAGGGAAGCUUGACGCGAGCCCGGACAUCCUGGUUCUGAUUGCACAUGACUGUACCGUUCCCGGUGUGAUUGACGAGUUCCCUGAGAGCGUGAACGAUUGGAAGGCGAAGGGGUGGAAGGAAAAAUUGACAUGGGCGUUUUUGGAGAAGGACAAUGUUGUAUCAACAAGGGUUCUGACGGCGGAGCGCUCUCGACUGAGGAUCGUUACUACUCUUCUCAUUUCUCCGUUGAUGUUGGAUAAGGUCAGAAAAGGAAACCAAAUAAUCGGUCUUGGCAUCCGAACCCUAACCCCAGUUUCCGUUACACUUUCAUUUCAACCCUUCACCAUCGGCAGGAGGGACUUUACUUUCUUUCCCUCUUCUUCUCGCCUUCGGUGGGCGAAAGGGGUGUAUAAUAGUUUUCUUGGUUCCUUCCGUGUCCUCCCUGGCUCCACCAUCGUUUUGGGGCGUCCAUAUACCAUCUAA